AUGGUGUCCGAGAUUCACGUUAUUUCCAAGCAUGACCUCUCCAAGCAUGAGACCGUUGCAAUCGACCUGCCGCUGCCGCAGCUAGGUCUCUCUUCUAUCCGUGUCCGCACAUCGCUCAUUGGAAUUACGAGCAACAAUCUUUCGUAUGCAAAACUGGGCGAUAGGUUGCAAUGGUGGAACACUUGGCCCGUUCCACUGGAUGCGCCCGCUCCGUACAGCGACCGGACCGACUGGGGCAUCGUUCCGGCGUGGGGCUUUGCACGGGUGGUCGAGUCGAACAUCGAGGCCAUCCCUGCCAGAAGUCUGCUGUUCGGCUACUGGCCCACCUCCUCUCAUCCUGUCGACUUGUCUCUCGUUCCAAGUGAACCCAAAGGCCAUUUUUGCGAGGUCAGCGAACACAGGCAAGGACUCGGGAGCAUUUACAACCGCUAUAACCUCGUCGAGGAGUCUGCUCAGCCGGAAGAGUACAGGGCGUGGUUUGCCAAUGUAUCUCCCAUCUGGAAUGCAGGCUAUGUGAUGAACCGCUUCACCUUCGCUACCGAUUUCAAGCCGGUCCAUCCUCUUGGCGAGGGAGCCGGGGAAUGGACCGGUAAAGACGCGGAUCUGAGCUCGGCUGUGGUGGUUAAUCUCUCUGCUUCGAGCCGGACGGGCAGAUCUUUUUCGUGGAACCUAGCCAGGGACAGAACCUCAGGCAGUGGGCCGUUGGCUCUGCUCCAAGCUACAUCUGCGCCAGAGUCCUUGACUCCUGGACCUAACGCAGCAUUCGAGGUCAAGACGGUCAACUACGACAGCCUCACAUCGAACGACACCAUUGACUGGAUCGUCAGACUGAAACCAAAACGUGUGGUUGUAGCUGACUUUGGUGGCCCUCCGAAAGUGAUGGAGGAGUUUCACGAGGCCAUCAGAUCGAUACUUCCAGAGUCGACGGUCUUCACUAACAUACUAGUCGGAGGCGAGCCAAAACUGCAGACACCAGAGCAAGCUCUCAAGUCAGCGGCGAUGUGGAAGAAGUGGGGACUCAUUCAACUCAACACGACGGGUGUUGUAGAUGCCGGGAUAGCCAUAGAGGGUGCAGGAAAAUACUUCGAAGGCGCUGAGUCAACGUUCCGCAGGUCUCUUGAGGAAGGAAUUGUCGAGGACCUUGAACUGAUUUGGGGAAGUGGUGUUGGGGGCACAAAUGGGAUCGAGAAAGCAUGGGAAGAAAUUGUUCAAGGGACUUUAUCGCCCAGAAGGGCGUGGGUAUACCGACUAGAGUAA